AUGAAUGACGCUUUCGAUUACUACUACCAGCACUUGUUCCUGCUAACGAAACAGUCGUCGUCCUCGAGCUCACCCUCGAACUCGGUGCGGUCGUUCGUCGAAGGCCAGGAGGACCUAGACGCGAUCGCGAAGCAGAUCUCGGACCACGCCGAAGCCAUCUACCAGACGUGGAAGGCGCGUGGUCUCGCCCCGACCGAGAUCCUCAACUGCCACACGGGCGAUGGUGCGGAGCACGCCUUCACUCAGGCGUUAAACCCUGCCAACUCGCCGACCCUCAGUGGACCCGGACCCACCGGUAGCCCGCAGUUGGGUAGUCCUUCUGGCCCACCUGGCGGUGCCCUAUCAGGUGGUGGAUCUUCACCAACUGCGAACGCCUCCGGUGUUGCGGAGUUGCUCGCUAAAGCACCGAACCUGUCCAACAACAGCCUUGAGCAGCUGGUCAGCUCGUUUGUCAGUGAGGACAAGGCUCGCAUAGCGGCUCAACGCCAGCAGCAGCGGGUCGGAGGUGUUCGGUCACCCUCGACUGGUACCAGUUCCGCGAUCAAAAGUGUGUUGCAGAAGUUCGAACGCAACGGUGGUGCCAUCAGUGGAGCAGAUGAUCCCGUGAACGGUCAGUCAUCGGAUGGUCAGACCCGGCCAACCUAUCUGCGCACUGGUGGAGGAGUUGCUAAACCCUCGAACCACCUAGGUAACGCUGGCAGUAAUAACAAUAACAACAACUUCAGUACGCUCAACAAGAACGACGUCCCGGACGUGCUAAAGGACACGAUCGUCGAACCGAAACCGGCGGGUGUGCGCGAAAAACCACAAACCCCGGUGAAACCGGAGCACCUGCUCAAUCAUGUGCCGAGCUGGCCGCUAAAGAAUCGUGUCGUCAAAACCGGAGGCGCCGGCUCGAAGGUGAUCGUCGGAGGUUCCACCGCAACCGCGAGUGGCUUUUCCAAGAACACCGCGGAUCUUAUGGAUGAGGUGUCCCGCGAGGAGGAACGUCUGAUAAACGCGCUCAAAACCGGUACGGUGCUGAACAGCAGCGACAGCAUACUACCGGAGGUGAUCACCUCUACUCUGCCCGAUCGGGACGUGCCCGACUACGGAUCCGUUGUGGACCACCGGGUGCAGCUAGCUGGAUUAGGUAGUGAGAGUAGUAGCAGUAGCAGUGGAACCACGAUGGUGACUGCAGCAUCCGCAACAAACGGUGGCGGUCCAGUGAUGGCCGCCACCAAUGGGUCAUCACCUGCGUUGAAUGGUAACGGGGUGACGACGAAUGGCAACGGCAUCCAGCAUGGUGCUGACACACCGAACGUGAAACACUGGAACGGGGUGCCGAUGAAGCCGAAUCACAUACCGAUCCUGAACAUACACCAGAUCCGCGAACAGGAGAAGCUGUCGAUGAACUUUACGCGCAAUGUCGCGACGACGCGGUUGCCGAAGGACUUUGGCCGCACGGCCGCUGAUGAUGAGAAGAAGCUCAGUUUGCAACCGAAGACGAUACCGAGCCCGAUUCGACCGUUCCUGUCGCGCGGAUCUGUUGCCGAGCGGGUGUUGAUCUUCGAGAAAUGUCCUGAGAAGGCGCCACCGCGCGAGCGAGCGAAGGAACCCGUCAAGGUACAGUCAAAACCUGUCAACCGGCUGAUACCUCCCAACAUUCACACGACGCUGCAGCGACAUCUGAAGAACUCAACCAAGGCCCCCUACAUACCGCAAUUCCACUUCCCCAAUGGCAAACCACCGCCAACGAUCACGACGGAAACGACGAUGCAGCGGUUGGAGCAGGUCUUCGACAAAAUGCCAAAUUACGAGUGCAACCGCGAUAGCUUCCAGGUGAUCGUACAGAUGUGCCAAGUGCCACAGUACUGGCGCCUGCCGUUGUUCAUGUGCACUCAGCUGACACCGAGCGGAGCCGUCGAUGGCGAUAAAUUCCUUCACUUUUGGCGACAGAUGACGUCCUUCUGCCAUGAUGCCGCGUCACGGUUCGUCUUCAUAAUGUCUCGGGGAGACCGAACGCGCCCGUAUAUCCUGCCGGAGGACUUCGCACCUUUGAUACAGGACGUCGUCGAUACGCACCCGGGGCUGGCAUUCCUGAAAGAGGCGACCGAAUUUCACUCCCGCUACGUGCACACCGUCAUAGCCCGCAUCUUCUACAACGUCAACCGCAGCUGGACGGGCAAGAUCACGACGGCGGAACUGCGCAAGUCGAACCUGCUGGACGUGAUCCAACUGCUGGAGGAGGAAGAAGACAUCAACCAGAUUAUGGCGUACUUCAGUUACGAGCACUUCUACGUCAUCUACUGCAAGUUCUGGGAGCUGGACCGCGAUCACGAUCUCUACAUUGACCAGCAGGAUCUGGCCAGGCAUAAUGAUCACGCUCUGUCGUCGCGCAUGAUCGAGAGGAUCUUUUCCGGUUGCGUGACACGAAGUCCCCGUCGUGGCAAUAAUAACCCGAUGAUUCAGGGACCAAAUGGGCCAAAGAUGUCGUACACGGAUUUCGUGUGGUUUUUAUUGGCGGAAGAAGAUAAAUCACACCCGACCGCCAUCGAGUACUGGUUCCGCUGCAUGGACGUCGAUGGUGACGGUGUCCUUUCGAUGUACGAGCUAGAGUACUUCUAUGAGGAGCAACAGCAUCGCAUGGAAUCGCUCGGCAUCGAAACGCUUCCUUUUGAAGACUGCUUGUGCCAGAUGCUCGAUAUGAUCAAACCAGCAACUCCUGGUUGUGUUACGUUAGCCGAUCUAAAGCGAUGUAAGAUGACGCCCAUCUUCUUCGAUACGUUCUUCAAUCUGGAGAAAUACAUGGAACACGAACAGCGUGAUCCGUUUGCACAGCGUGAAAACGAUGAUCUCUCCGACUGGGAUCGGUAUGCAGCACAGGAGUACGAAUUGUUGGUGGCGGAAGAAGGCGGAGAUACGCAAGGGAAAAACAGCGAUGACAGUGACGACAGUGACAGCGAAAAGAUCAGCCUCAGGAUUAGCUGGCGCGAGCGAUACUUGCGCAAGCGGCGUAAUAAGAAGAAGCGCCGAUAGAUGCUAGGCGCCUCCAUCGUCCGCACCAUCCGUGGUCCAAUCAUCCUUCGCGGUUCGCGUCUUUUUGGAGGGCGCUUCAGCUGCUCCUCUUUCAGUUAGUUCUGAUCCAAUUUUUAUCUUUCGUCAGUAUCCCUAGUGUGAUGUCCCCUUGUGUGUUGAUAACCGACGAUAUACAAUUAGAUUAACUUGCAAAUAGUGUGUAACGGAUUAACUAUUUAUCAGAACAUCACGCUUUUGGAGAGCAAACGAAAUGCUGCUGGAUGCAAGGAUUAGUUUUAUAAUCAAACGACAAAAACCAACUAAAUCUGAAAUGGAAAUGAUCAAGAAUUGAGCGCGUAAAUAAAUGGGUGAAUAUUUUGAGAUUGACUUUUUACCGGUCAGUCAACGAUUGAUAUUGAUAGUUGUAUUACCAUAGACACAAGAUGCAGAAUGGAAGCGUGCAAACAUAAACAUGAAUAAAAAAAAUAGUAAAGUGGCGUAGUAUGAUGAUUCGACCCUUUCUUGAUAAUAAUAGAGGAAUGUGACUGAGAGCAAAUGUGAGGAAGGACGGAUGCAGAGAAAAACAAUAUAAGCAAACCAUAUGAUACUGUUUUAGGGAAUCAAACUAGAUUUUGUAAGAUGUAAGUAGCACAGUUGUACGCCCUCUCGCUAGCCGCGGUAUCCGUACGAAAACGCUGGCAAGGGGAAUUGUGUGUAAAUAGAGAGUGAAUUGAACAAGGAUAUGCAUUGUAAAACGUUUCGCAACAAUAUGAAAUUUAGUUGAGGAAACAGAAAGGCUACCGUGCGUCGAUCCAUGCAGUGCGUUCAUUUGUGCGACAUUCAUCGGGGUGUUUAGCAACAGAAUGUACGAGACCGUCUUUUGAUGAUGAUACGUUGGAAAUUGCGCAUAUCUAAAAUCUAAUUUACUUGUGUAACUCUUAUCUAGUCCAGCUAUACUUGUGCUACAUUUCUAAGUGCUAAUCUCGAGUACAGAUUCUCUUUGAUAUACAGGAUAUAAAAGCAUAAAAAUAAAUUACAUACUUGCGCCACCAAGACCGAGUGGCGUCGAGCAUCGAUGUGUUCCAAACAAGUUGAGAGCAAAUUUCUUUUGCAAAGUACUCGCUAGAUCGAUAAUACGUGCAUUAAAAGCGAGGAGCGUAGGCAGCAGUUUCUCUUAAUGUUGCCAUCGCUAGGACUUGGGGAUCUUGAGAAGCCUCCAUUUUCUGGCUCUCGUUUGUUUCAUUGUUAAGUUUUGUUUGCCCACUGAUAUCCAGAUCGUUUUUUGAUGCUCUGAGUUUAUCAUUUUCCUGUGGAUCAUAUCAAGAGCUUACUCUAUAAUCGAUCUUUACUUAGUAGUGCAUACUUCACACCAGUUGUUGUCGGUAGUUAAUCGCUAGUUUCCAAACAAAUGCACGCAAACAAGAUGCGACCAUAACGUUCUCUAAACCGCUGAAUACUAGGGUGACGAAUGUCGUUUUAAAUAUUUUAAAUAAUUGCUGGCGAUUAGAGGCAUAUUAUUGUUCGACCUUCGAUAAUAUUUGAACGCUUCGUUACGAUUAUCCAACCAUUACUAAUCUCUUUCGAAUGUGGUAGAGCAACGGUUCGUAAGACGAAGCAGCGUUUCAAAUGUAGCGUUAACGAUAAUUAGUUUUAAGUGGCUGCGGCUAAACAUGACACCAUAAUUUACAACUCCUGUAAACUGGCAUGGACGGAUUUGAGAUGAUGUGUGUAUAAAAGGCAAAGUCAUACAAAAAAAACACAUUAACCGAAAGUAAUACAUUUGAUGAGAUAAGGUGAACCAAAAUUUAAAUGUAUUCAAUCUGACAAUGGAUUUGUAAAGCAUAUUAUGCCAAAUCGUGUGUAAUGCGUAUAACUUGCACGUGGAUUAGAGAGAACUGAAUUUAUCUAGAUGGAGCGCGAGCUGCGUGUCGAAAUUUGGUGAACAAGGGCAACUCCAGUGAAAUAAACGGUAUAAUUUACUGAACCAUUGCCGGACAAAUACUGGGCAGGGUCGUGGCAGAUGUCUAGAUAGUAUAACGCAUAAAAUAAUCUCCAAACGGAUCUUCCCUCAAAGCAAGAUGCUGUUUGCCAUCAUCCACAAGCAUGUGCAGGAGAAUGAUAUUGAAUUAUUUUAUUUUAAAGAACAAUGAUUUUGCGAUAAGCACAGUACAGUACACGGGAAAGAUUGAAACGCAGUCAGUACAUGUGCAUGUGCUUAACGUAACAGUAGCGGAAGUAGUAGUAAGAUAUGUAUGAGCAAUCAAAAGCACAUCUGCGGAACUGGGAAAUCGAGUGAAGAAACUCAAAAGUCUGAGUGUAUGGAUCGACAUCUGCGCGCGAGUGGAUUAACCAGUUUUACAUUGUUUUGGUUUUAUUUAAAAAAUAAUAAUUGCGAUUGUUUGUUUUUCAGUUGUUAGUUUAGUUGUUCCAGCCUAUUUAUAACAGUUCCAAAACUACCAGCAAUCCCUCACAACCCCACUUCCUUCCUCUUUUUACUUAAAUGUUAAUUAGAUGUACACGGUCAAGCAAAUGCGAAUUGCAUGAAUCUUCGAGAAUAGAGUAAAACAAAGAAGAGCCUCCAACAUGAGGGAAAUAUUAACUGUAAACAGGAGCGAUAACAGACGCGAAAACACGACACCACACACACACGCGGUUGGUGUAAAAUUGAUCGAUAAGUUGAUUAAAAAC